UGGUACCGGAAGGUGUCAGCGGAAUCCUGCUCCCUGUCAGUCCGCCCCGAACCGUCUGUUUGCAAAAAUGAGCGACAAAGGUCUGUCAGACGAGGCAGCGGCAACAGCUUGUAAAGAUGGAAACCCAAUUACUAAGGAUUUCAUGAUGCAGCAGACUAUGCUGCGUGUUAAAGAUCCAGUUAAAUCCUUAGAUUUCUACACCAGAAUCCUCGGCAUGACGCUCCUGCAAAAGUUUGACUUCCCCUCCAUGCGUUUCUCUCUCUUCUUCUUGGGCUAUGAGGACAAGAAUGAGAUUCCUGCAGAUGUGAAGGAAAAGACGGCCUGGACCUUUUCUAGAAGAGCCACCAUUGAGCUGACACAUAACUGGGGCUCUGAGUCUGACGAGAGCCAGUCUUAUCACAAUGGAAACUCAGAUCCACGUGGCUUUGGACACAUUGGAAUCGCAGUUCCUGACGUCUAUGCAGCCUGCAAAUUGUUUGAAGAGCAAGGAGUCACAUUUGUCAAGAAGCCAGAUGAUGGUAAAAUGAAGGGCUUGGCCUUCAUUCAGGACCCUGAUGGUUACUGGAUUGAGAUCCUGAGUCCUAACAAUAUGGUGUCCAUUACUUCCUAAAAACUGUGACAACAUGCUACUUGCUGCAGUGCAUACAGGCCAGACCUGCUGUCGCUUCACGGGGAGUGCAAGUUUAGCAAAGAAUUUAGCAACAUGCGCCUGAGAUGUGGGAAAUUGGAGCUGGAUCACUUGCACAAUGGCUAUCACUGUGCCCUGGAAUGGGCUGGACUAAUAUUGAACAGCUGAUGAGCAAAUAGAUUACACACCUGAGUUAUUGCCGUGAAUAGCAACUACUUUGUGUAGUUUUUGACUUUGUUUACCAUCAUCAGUUUGUAUGUGUGUUCAAAAAGUGAUGCUGAAAUAAAGCGGUGUUAAUGUGUAAUAAACGUGAAAGCUACUCUUCAAAUG